GGUAGUUUUGUUUGACGUUUAGCGGACGCGCAUUGCAGCAUUCUGAAUGCAAACAUUUCCAAGUAGAGCAAAGCAACGACGAAAGAUAAGAAAUUGAAGAUAGCAGUAAUCUGCAAGCCAUAUUUUUGUUCUCAUUUUUCGUGGCUUCUGGCACGUAAAUUAAAUUAACAAAUAAUAAGCAGAAGUUCUGAAUGCUUGUUGCAGUGAAACGAACAGUGAAUUCGGCAUGUAUUAAACUAACUUCAAAUUCUCGCAAAGAAAAAGUUUGAGCUCUUAUCUUUGUGUCAAGAAAUUGCAAUUUAUAAUAACUAGCGCGUUAACUUUGUGAAGAUGAAUUUUACCUUCAACCAAACCAUUAUCUCGCUGGGAACUGUUCUAAAAUCCACACAAAAACCCAUAUUAGAAGAGGCAAUCCCAUCUAAUGCCAAAGAAUCUGGCGCCGGACAAUCGGAGAGCCUAAAUUUCUUGUUCAUUCCACUGGCAGUGCUUAUUACGGUGAUGUUACUCUCGGUGAUGGUUUACUUAAUGGCACGAAGAAAAGAUAAAAUUUUUACCAAGCGCUCGUACGUCCCCAGCUUUUCAUUCGAUUCGUCUGACCUCGAUGAUAAUGACGAUUUGGAAACAGAACAUUUACUAAAAGGUAAACUUCGGCUGGAUGAUCCUUAUUUAAAGGGCAUCAAUAGUAGCAAAGUUUACUCAGGCAAUAACGAGUUAUACGCUUGAUCAGAUCAAGGUGUCAAUUUGCCUUGCAUUUUUUGUUAAGUUUGUUGAAUAAGUGUGCUAGUAUUAUGAAUGAUAAAUUCACAAAUAUCUUUCAAAUGUUACAUAUGUGAUAGUUUUUUUCGGGUAGAAUAUUCAUUUCUAUUUUCACUAGCUUAACCUACAUACUAAAUAUAGUUUAGACUGAUUA